CCGGGACAGCCAAUCUAGGAGGCUGAGGAGCUGCGGAAGGUGAGGGCCGCGGCGUCGCGGAGUGUGCUCUAUGGACCGUGCACUGCUAUGGAUGUCUGAAGGACCUGACCUGCAGCCUGGAAGACUCGGCCAUCUCCAUGCUGGGCUGGAUUAAGUGCCUGAUGAGGAUGGUGUUUCAUCGAGUUGGGGUCAGCAUGCAGUCGGUCCUUUGGUCUGGAAAACCAUAUGGUUCAUCUAGAAGUAUCGUAAGGAAAAUUGGUACCAGCUUACCUCUGAUUCAGUGUCCAAGAGUUCAGUUUCCGCUUACCAGGCAUGCAACAGAAUGGCAUUCCAUCCGUCCAAGAGAGGAUGUAGUGACAUCUUUUGCUGAUGUUGCAUGGAUAGCCACAGAAGAAGGAGAGUGUUCAACAAGACUCAGGGCAGAGAUCAGGUCCAAGCCUCCCCUUGAGGAUGACCUUCCUUUCCUGGACAAGCCCCCAAGCAGGCACAUCUCCUUACCAAACUUGUCUCAAGAGGAGCCUUCUCCAAAGACAACACUGGCCAGUGAGGAGGCCUUGCAGAAGAUCUCUGCACUUGAGAAUGAGCUUGCUGCCCUCAGAGCUCAGAUUGCCAAGAUUGUGACCCUGCAGGAGCAACAGAGUCCCAGUACAGGUUGCUUAGAUUCUUCCACAUCUGUUACAGUAGUACCACCCCCUCCUCCUCCUCCCCCUCCCCCUCCCCCUCUGAUCCACCAAAGUAUGUCAGCUCUUGAUCUGAUUAAAGAGCGAAGAGAGCAAAGACUCAGUGCUGGAAAUGGAAAGACGCUGGCUAAGAGUAACCCAAAGAAGCCUGACAUGCCAAAUAUGCUAGAGAUCCUUAAAGACAUGAGCAGUGUGAAGCUACGGUCUGUCAAGAGGUCAGAGAAAGAUGUAAAGUCUAGGCCAGUGGAUAGUACUGACCCUGCUACCAUCAUAGCAGAGGCUCUGAAAAAGAAGUUUGCUUAUCGGUAUGAUGAGGUUGAAAGAGGUCCAAAGCCAGAGUCAAAGACCACCGCAGAGCCGGUCCUGUUUGGCCCACAUAUAUUGAAGUCUACAGGGAAAAUGAAGGCUUUAAUUGAAAACGUUCCAGACUGCUAAUGGACAAUGAGUUCAGAGACUCCUGGUUCACCUGUUGGCUGCAGAGCUGAGUUUGGCUAAUAGAGUAUUUAGUAAAUUCCUGGCUGUAGUAUUCAUUGGCCUCCUUCUUAGGGGAAUUAGAGGAGCGAGAAGUAGUGGAAGCACCAGAAGUUGGUUGGCUCUCCAGAACACACAUGUAUGAUGACAUGCUUUUACUAGGUAGCCAGGGUUCAUCUUCCAGCCUGGAACACAGACAGGCUAUUUGGAUAUUGUUAUGCAUUUCCAGUUAACACUAAUGUCUGUGCAAACAUCUUAUAUAUACAUAUUUGGAUAUAAAACAUUACGGAAAACUUAUAAUGAAUGGCAUCCCUAAGGGUUUCCUGCUCAGCGAUGGAACACCAUGCAUGCCGUUAGUAGAGGACAGUAUGAGAUAGGAAUGCCUCCAACAGGACUUCACAUAUGUUCUCACUUUUUUUUCUCUGUAGCUGAGUUUACAUAAGCAACAGAAGACGUUUACUGCUGAAUCUCUGUAUUCAUUUCUCUUAGAGGGAAGUGAGGACCAGUAAGGCUGCUUAAACCUCAUUGCCACCCAAUACUGGGAAGGAGAUGUACUUCUCAAGUAAUAACAAAUCAGAUUGAAUUAUAUCAUUUAAGUAAGAGCAGAAUGUUUUAAGUUUAAUGAGUGUCCUCAAAAAGAUGAUUUUAUUGCUAAAUCAAUAAUUUUGCUGGGUGUGGUGGCGCUUGCCUGUAAUCCCAGCACUCAGAGAGGCAGAGGCAGGUGGAUCAAUGGGAGUUUGUGGCCAACUUGGUCUACAAAGUGAGUCCGGGACAACGAAGGCUACACAAAGAAACCCUGUCUAGAAAAACCAAAUACCAAAACCUAAAAACUGUAACAGUUGUCUUAAAGUUCCUGUAGUCAUGAUGAAACACCAUGAUCAAAAGCAACUUGAGGAGAAAAAGGUUUAUUUCACUCAUAGUUCCAUAUCAUCAUCAAAAGCAGUGAGUGCAGGAACUAAGCAGGGCUGGAUCCUGGAGGCAAGAGCUGAUGCAGAGGCCAUGGAGGGGUGCUGCUUACUGGAUUGCACAGCCUGCUUUCUUAUAGAAUCGAGGACCUCUAGCCCAGGGAUGGUACCACCCACAAUCAGCUGAGCCCUCCUCAUCAACUGCUAGUUAAGAAAGUGCCUUACAGCCUGGCUUGUGGCACAUGCCUUUAAUCCCAGUACUCAGGGUGGCAGAGAUAGGUGGAUUUCUGAGUUCAAGGCCAGCCUGGUCUAUAAAGUGAGUCCAGGUCAGCCAGGGCUAUACAGGGAAACCCUGUCUGGAAAAACAACCAACCAAAUAAUGCCUUACAGCCAGAUCUUAUAUUUUUUGGUUGUGAGCCUAGCAUUUAAUGGCUGAGCCAUUUCUCCAGCCUGAAAGCCAGCUCUUAGGGAGGCACUUUCUCGAUUGAGGUUCACUUCCUUUCAGAUAACUCUUUGCUUGUGUCAAGCUGAAGUGCAACUAGCCAGCACAGUACUUCUGGCAAUGUCAGCAUAAUUGAAUCUAUAAUUUUAAAACAUUGGUCAAACUAUCUUUCUUAAUAAAACAUUACGGUAUAGGUGAAAAAAAAAUCUCUUUUAAGCUAUUUAUCAUUGCUCAGCCAAUGAAUUGCAUUAUGUAGAUAAAUCUUAGGUGUUACUGAAAGUAGAAAACUGACUGCCUUUAUUUCCUGGGUUUUGGAAGGACUUGUUAUAAUUUAAAGUACUUAGUAAGUUUUCAUGAUUGUUGUGUUUCUGGUAGACUAAACUAUUUUAAUGUCAGAAUCUCUUACCAUGAGUAAAUAUCUGUAUUAUUUAAAUCUAGAGACAAGUGGUUCUUCCCAGGAAAAUUUAAGAGAUGGGAAGUGUAGAUAGAUAUUUUAAGUUAUUGAAAAUAUGUAUUCUAAAUCUUCACAAAGAUUGAGCUAUUUUUCAUAGCUUGUUUAGUUUAAAUCGUGGUGUGUUGUUGAUGUAUAUUGUUUCCAAAUGUUUUAUAUGGUUUGAAAACUUUUUUAUGAGAUUCAAAAAAGGCGUUUGACCACAUAUUUUGACCUAAGAAAUUUAUCAGUAUUGAAUUUGGUUAGUAUUCCAAUAUAUGAAAGUUUCUGUUUUAAAAUAAAGCAAGCUGUUGAAAUUUC